AUGCGUUACAAUCACCAUACCGUUAGUGGCUGUACUCGAAUCUUGUCGGUUUCAGCGGCUCCGCCAUCUCCGGCGACGCUCGACAAGGAGGCGCAGCGCAAGCGAGCCCGUCCACUCCCCGUUUUCUUCUGGGAGACGGUGCAUGUGAUGAAGUGGAUGAAGCGGCGCUGCGCCGACUACUACAUCAUGUAUGCCCACCUGUUUCUCGAACAUGAGAUCACCGGGAGAUCCUUGGUUCGACUCAACGACAUCAGCCUGGAAAAAAUGGGCAUCAAGGACAUCAAUCAUCGCGACGAACUCUGCCGCGAGAUCCUCAAGCUCAAGUUGAAGAGCGACAUCCUGGAGAUGAGGGAUCUCGAGAGCAAAGGCACUGAAUUCUCUACGGUCGGGAUGAGUUGAGCUUACGAUACUCACGGCCUCCUCAGGAAGGUAAUGCUUCUGUGUUUGAAAGACAGACAUUUCUGUGUUCCACCGCACCUAAUCACAUCGAGCAUAUCUUUUACAAUGCGCUUUAUCAUUAUUCCACCAACUCAUUUAGGUCAAUAAAAAGAAAUCCCAUCUUG